AUGGAAGGGUUAACAGAGAAUGACGCAGAAAUGCCUGCGGCUGCUCGACCUGCACCUGCUGGAAUUGAUCCAUCAUUCUCUAGCAAGGAGGCCAUCUUUGCGUGGCUUCAAAGUACUCUGAAUCUUGAGGGACUUCCCGAUUACUGCGACAGGGUUCGAAGAAAAAGGAGCCCAAGACGAAUCCGACGGACUAUUAAGCCGGUAAUCAUUGAAGAGCCAUUUUUUGGGUCCUACUACGCGCUGUAUCCAAUUAGGUUCAAAGAUGGGGUGCGUUGGAUUCUCAGAGUCCCCAUAUGUGCGGUAACUGGACAGUUUGACGAAUUGGCUUCAAACCUCAGUCCCUGUUCCUCGCGUCAUGCAUACGGCCCAGAUUUCGACAAUGUACUGCGGGUUCCUUUCAUCCUCAUGACUCGUAUUCGAGGAAAACCUCUGCAUGAUAUUUGGUUUGAUAAAUUAAUCUCGCGGGAAGAGCUUAUGCUACGCCGCAAGACGGCUCUGAGGAACAUUGCCCGCCUUAUGGUUAGACUGGGAAAACUCUCCUUUAAAACCGGUGGCGCCCUGGAAUUCAUCAACGGAAAUUUGUUCCGUCCAGGUCCACUGAGAACUAUUGACCACGGCGUAACAUUGCCGCCGGUUGGAAGAACUGACGGCAAAACAGUGCGCUAUUUCGAAGCGGGACCCUUUGCAGUCCCAGACGAUUAUUAUCUUGUUCAUCUCAGCCGAGAAGAAAACCAUGAGGAACCCGAGUUUCGAGGAGUGCAAAAGCUUCUCCGCACCCUCCUGCAGUGGAAUUCCAAGGAAAAAGGUCCGAAGUUUGUGGUAACGCACCCGAAUCUUUCUUUGCGUAACAUUUUAAUAUCUGAAAAUGAAAGAGUAAUGGGAUUUAUUGAUUGGAAUGGCGUGGCUGCUAUGCCUCUUUCUGUAGGGAACGAAAAAUACCCGUCGUGGCUCUCUCGGGACUGGAACCCAUGCAAAUAUGAAUGGAACGACGACGUGGGGGAAGGUAUCAACCCAGGUGAGGUGCAGGAAGAUUCGCUGGAAAUUCUUGAAUUACACCACAAGAAAUAUAGCGACUUCAUGCAGUAUUAUCUAGCCCUGCGUGAACCUUCGACUCCAUCUACAAGGCCAUCUAUCACUCAUAGGUCACUCAUUGUUGAGAAUUUGAUCAUUGCAGCUGAUAACAUGGAGUGCAGACAUGGUAUUCUUGCAAAGAUUUUCGAGGAGAUUGUCAAGAUUUCUUGUGCCCAGUGUCCCUCUCAGUCGAGCGCUGAAGGGGAGGAGUUUGGGAGCUUAGAGAUGUUUCAAGUCGUGGAUAUUCUGGCCAGGGGGGAAAUGGAAGAAAGCAUGUCGGCUUUUCUGAAGAAAGGCUUCAACGCUCUGCUAAGUUCAAGCGAAGCAACAUCGGCCGAAGCAUAA